GCAGAGGCCGACAACCCGGUAACGAGCAACGCAGGAUGGCGAGGCCGGACGGGCAGAUUGUCGAAGCAAAGUCGGAGAGGGUAUGGGCUGCAAGCUGUGACGGGCGAUCGGAGGCCUGGACUGGUGAAGAGGCUCUCGGGGGCGACAUGCUGAGGUUAUGUAUAAGGCGGGCUGGUCCCCCAGGCGCCAUGCUGCGCACGAAGCAACCGUCCCCCCGGCGGGCGGACCCUUGCAGGCCCUUUGGGCGUGGCUUGGGGUGGGAACGGUGAGUGCACGCUAGGAAAAUGAGAAAGACAAGUGUGCGCGACCACCGGCGGCCAUGAAUCCACGUCUCCGCCUCGAUCGCGCGCGCCGACCACAUCGCGGUCAGACGAGCCCCCAGAGGUGCGGUGAGGGCGAGCCCCGGCGCUGCACGACGCUGCACCUCGUCUUCGCGACCAUGCCGGAUACGGUGGGGGCAGGCGGGCGCCGGCGAAUGGCAGGACCGCGCUGCGAGAGCCUCGACGCCCAAGCGGGCAAAGGCACGCGGAUUGGGACGAGCGCCAGGCGACGUGCCGCCAUUCUGCACGUCGACCACCGCUUCUGUCGGGAGCCACGUCCUGCCAUCCACUGCGCCGGCGCCGCCGCCGCCCUGAUUCGCCGCGCCCUCGCCUGCCUGUGGCGCAGGCCUAUGGCGCAGCGCGCGCCCGCCGCCCAUUCGCUGGCGGCCCCGGGCGGCCUAAAUAUACCCUCCGCCCACACCAUAUGCCCAAAGGGGACCCGCGAGGCUCUGCGCGCCAUGUCGCGCGCACCAAGCUUCUGCCCACACCGCAGCGUGCCAGCACCCUGCGCCGCUCCCCUGCCCGAGCGAUGCUGCUCUGUGCCAGUGACCAACCCACUGCAUUCCCGUGCGUCCUGUCUGCGGCCUCACCGCCGGCCAGCGAGCAUCUCGCGCUCCACGUCGCUGCGGCGCGCGCCGCCGUGGCCGUUGUCGCCGGUGAACCAUGGACGAGCCCCGUGGACGCUUCGACCACCGCCAGCAAACCAUCUGGUUUCAUGCUGAUGACUGCGGGUCUGCGGGCGUGCAAUCUCACCCUGGCCAGCCUCUGGAGCCAGUACGUACCGCUUGGCCAGCACAAGGCCUGUCUUCUGUCGUAAUACUCGGGCUUUUCGUUCCGCCUCCAGGCGGCUUGCCGGGUCCGCACAGUCACGCUGCUUCU